GGUAGCCGCUUCUUUAUAAGUCAAUUGCUGUAUACUUUUUUGUAUUCUCCUGAAACAAUCCAAAUUGUUAGUGACAAAAUGCUUAGGAAACUUUUCAAGUCGAUGCGUAUCUAUACCCGCCUCUGGUUAUUCGUGGCGAUGCAGCUUUCGGUGAUGAUGUCGAUGAUAGAUAUUCUGAUCAAAAUUGAGCUGUCACAUAAACACCGAAAGGCCGAGCUCAUUCUUAAUUUUUACCUAAGUGGGCUAGCUUACAGUCCAUUAUUAUCCGCAUCCGCCAUAAGCAGCUUGUUCUACGGUUACGGAUUGGUCUACCUUAACACCGCCGGCUGCCUUGACAAUUUCCUGUCCAGGAUCCGUAAGGCGAGCCUUUCGGUGUGGGAUCGGUUUGGUUACGUGAUGUUCCUGCCCUGGCUGCUAGGAGUGGGCCAGGGUCUUUUUCACUUCCCGUAUUACGAGGUGGAAGAUGCCUACGACACUGGCACCAUAAACUUCAAGCUGGACUUCUGGUACUUCAGGCUAGUCUUGACUCUAGGCAGUUUUGUAAUGGCCUUUAGACUACUCCUGGCUCUGGGCAGUUUUUUGAUAGCCUUUAGAGUCUAUCGCCAGAUGAUACGUUCUCGCUACAUCCAAAACAUCGAACCGGAAAUAUUGGAUUACGCCCGGAGAAUCAAUGAACUGGCCGGCUUUGAGAUCAUUCUCCUGGAUACUUGAGCAAAUUGAGAAAAAAUUGUAAUUUUUUAAUUUCAAAUAUAACAUAAAUAGUGCAUAGUCAUUUUA